AUGACCUGCCACUCUUAUAGGCAAUGCAACACUGCACACAAACAAUACCAUGCACCUGAGUUGCUCUCACCAUCGGUGGUACCAGUGCAGGGCAUCGUGCAUGAGUCUGAGGCAAUGACACUCUGCACAGUGUCCAUGGCUGGGAUCCCCUCCGUGCACAUCAUGCUCUUUAAGCAGCUGGACCUGCGCAGAUUUGUCUUCUACAUGAGCUACAUGUCAUGCAAGUUGCAGGAGCUGCACAUGAAUACACAUGGGGCACUCGCAUUCCACUGGCGCAAGGUGCACAAGCAGGUGCAGGUUGUUGUGCAUGUGGAGAGCGAUGCAUACUUUCACAGCCACCCCGUUGGCAGCCGGCUGGGCACGUGGGCAAGCAGACAGAGCACUGCAUGGGUGAACAAGCUGAAGUGGCAGUCCAAGGUGGAUGAGAACAACCUGACCAUGAACAUGCCGCUGCCUGAGUUCUGGGGUGGCUGGUGGGUGGUGUCUAAUGUAAGCUUUAAAAUUGAAUUCUGGCUGGGCAAGCCAUCCUGCUUGCAUGACCAAGUGCGGUACUUGCAUGCAGAAGGCUCACCGGAGGAUGUCCCUGAAUGGAAGAUAGACAGGCUGGCACCCUAA